AUGCCUCUUCUUCCAGUCGCUAUGUAUGGCCUUGAGGUCCCAGCAGGAGAUGUUAUUGUUCCUGCUGUUCCAGAUUUCCCAGCUACCUUCCGCAUUACCAUGGCAGCAAUCGACCCAACUGAACCUGCUCGUGAUGUCGAAGGUGGUGUCAAACCUCGCGCGACCUUGAAGAUCAUUCGUCAAUCAAGUGGCGGAGAUGAGGAGGACAGUGAAGAUGAAGGUUCGGAUGAUUUAUUACGUGCUUUGUUGGCAGAUGAUGACUCUGGAUCAGAUGAAGACAGUGAAGAUGAUGACGAAGAAGCCAACGGUGGACCAAGCGACUCUUCCAAGUCCAAGAAGGCCCAAAAGCAAGCCGCACUCAAGGAGCUCCUUGCUUCCAUCGGCAAAGAUGAUUCCGACGAAGAAAUGGAGGACGCUUCCGCCAAAAAGGUCGCUAAGAAAGGAAAGGCCAAGGCCGCCAGCGAUGAUGAAGAGGAGAGUGAAGAUGAGAGCGACGAUGGUGAAGACAUUGAGAUUGAGGAAUAUGUUCUCUGUACUCUCGACCCUGAAAGCCACUACCAACAACCUCUCGACAUCACCAUUGGUGAAGAUGAGACCGUUUUCUUCAAGGUUACUGGUACCCACACAAUCUACCUUACUGGUAACUACGUGAUUCCAGAUGAUAAUGGACAUAACCAUCACCACGAAGUUUACGACUCCGAUGAGGAAGAUGAUGAGGACUAUGACCUCUCUCCAGACGAGGAUGAGCUCGAACUCGAGAUGGACUCGGAUGAGAGCGAUGAGCUUGAUGCAGCCCGCAUUACCGAGGUCGACUCCGAUGAAGAGGAAGCCCCAAAGCUUGUCAAGGCUGAGAAGAAGGGCAAGAACAAGCGCUCCGCCGACGAACUCGAGGAGGCUGCAUCCCUCGAUGCUAUUAUAGCUAAGGAAUCCGCUGCUGAAGAGCCAAAGCUUAGCAAGAAGCAACAAAAGAAGUUGAAGAAGAACAAUGGCGAUGCUGCCCCUGUCAAGGCAGAGGAGACAAAGAAGGAUGCAGCUAAGGACGAGAAGGCUGAUAAGAAAGUUCAGUUCGCCAAGAACCUCGAGCAAGGACCUACCGGAUCAGCCGCGCCUAAGGUUGACGCGAAAAAGCCUGCUUUGGGUGUCAGAACUGUUGAUGGAGUAAAGAUCGAUGACAAGAAGCUUGGUACCGGUCCAGUCGCCAAGAAGGGUAACAGAGUUGGCAUGCGCUACAUUGGAAAAUUCGCAGAUGGCAAGGUCUUUGACUCAAAUAAGAAAGGCAAGCCUUUCUCCUUUAAGCUUGGUGCCGGUGAGGUCAUCAAAGGUUGGGACAUUGGUGUUGCCGGCAUGGCAGCUGGCGGAGAACGAAGAUUGACUAUCCCAGCACACCUUGCAUACGGCAGCAAAGGCGUUCCCGGUAUUCCAGGUAACUCUACUUUGACCUUCGAUGUCAAGCUUCUUGAGAUCAAGUAA